AUGGAGAAGCCGCCACACUACGAUAUCGCUCUCUGGCAGGUAUAUAAAACUGAAUAUGAGUGCGAUCUCAUCAUACGAACCACCAACGGACAAGCCUUCUACUGCACCAUCUUUCCGUCGCACUUUGAACGAUCACCCAAGCUCACGGAGCAGUGUCACAAGUGUCUAGGUGUUCUGCGAUCUGGGGACGAAGAGCAGGACGACUUUUAUGUCGAAGAUGCGUGCGAAUGGCUGUUAAAGCUGUUCGGGCCUCUCAUCGCCCAGCUGGCGCCGUCUCCUUCGCCGGUUCCCAAGGAUGGACGGCCCACUCUCUUCCAUUAUCUUUUUCCGUCGUAUUUCGUUUGCCAUAUCGAUGCAACCAACGAGGUACCGCGACCGUACCAAGUAAAUACUCAGGAACACGGCUGGUCCGGGCCGAUUGUGGUUGCUGAUGACGAACUCCUCACAGGCCUCCACAAGUGGACUCAGUCGUACCUUCCGUCCGAUGUCGAGAUCAUCUACGACUCCCCAGAAAAAGUACUAAUAAGACGACCGACCAAGGUCCUUGUCGAUGAAGGAAACGGCGGCAAGGUCACGUGCUACUUCAAACCAUUUGGACUCUCAUUCGGCCCAGCGCAUGCGAGGAAGGAACUAAAAACACUAAAAGCAAUUGCCAUGGCUCAGAUAUCUCCUGCCCCGGCAACAUGGAUCUGUCGCCUAAGGGGAGUUUUCCGAGACGGAAAAGAUAUGAUGGGCAUGCUUUUUACCUGGAUCGAUGCCAAAGAAGUGUUGUCGAGAGCGAGAGCCGAGCAGAGCUCGCCGGGCCUGAGAAGACGCUGGACAGCGCAGAUCAGCACGUCUCUGGAGGAGCUGCACGGCAAAGACAUCGUAUGGGGCGAUGCCAAAGCCGAGAAUGUGCUGAUUGACAGAGACGACAAUGCGUGGGUUGUCGACUUUGGGGGCAGCUACACCGUCGGGUGGGUUGACAAGGAGCAGGCCGGAACGCUGGCGGGCGAUGCGCAGGGUCUUGCAAAGAUACUCGAUAUCCUCAAGUAG